AGAGUAACUCUCUGCAGCAACAGCAGUAGUUCAGUCUAGUCUGGUCCGGUCUGCUUGAGUUCAGGUCUGGUCUGAUCGGGUUUUAAAUCAUCUGCAGCGGUUGUGUGUUCACUGCGUCGCGUCUGCUCCUGUAGGUUCGGUUCGGUUCGGUUCGUAAUGCAGCCUUCGUCGUCUUCAUCUUCAUCUUCAGUGUUGUUUCUUCUUCUGUCAAGUUUUUCUCUGGCUUUGGCGUGUAAUAAAGCUCUGUGCGCCAGUGACGUCAGCAAGUGUCUCAUUCAGGAGCUGUGUCAGUGCCGGCCGUCGGAUGGGAACUGCUCGUGCUGUAAGGAGUGUCUGAUGUGUUUGGGUUCUCUGUGGGAGGAGUGCUGCGACUGUGUGGGCAUGUGUAACCCCAAGAACUUGAGCGACACGCCGGCGACGGCUAAGAGCACGGUGGAGGAGCUGCAGCGGCCGAUCCCCUCGCUCUUCAGAGCGCUGACCGACGGAGACGCUCCCAUCAACAUGCUGGUGGUGUCCUUCCCUGCGGCCGAAGAGCUGUCCUAUCAGCAGAACCUGCUGUCCUUCCUGGAGACGCUGGAGGACGCGCACCACAACGUCUCUCUGCCCGGCAACAGCAUCCACGCCAGCUACGACACGCAAGAUACGCUGUGUACGGUGGUGUACUUGGACGACUGCGUGUCCAUCCGUCAGUGUAAGCAGUACUGCGAGUCGAUGGGGGGAUCGAAGUACCGCUGGUUCCACAACGCUUGCUGCGAGUGCAUCGGCCCCGAGUGCCUCGACUACGGCAGCAAAGCCGUCCGCUGCAUGAACUGCCUGUUCUGAACCCGCCUUACAGCUCCUCCUGACGUGUAGCCAAACAUGAUAGAGAAUAGAUGCAUAUUGUUCAUAUUCGGCUUUUAUUAUGAGUCCAGGUCUUUAUUAAGACCGACUGAUUUCAUAUCGAGUUUAAUCUUUAGUUUGUCUUCAGCAAAAUCUCUGCCAGUAAAGAAUAAAGUCUGCAGUUUUUUCCAGAGAGAACUGAGCAGUGUCUGUGUUUGCUGUUGAAGAGAAUCAGUGAAGCAUCGUCUGAUGUGUCGCUAACGAGUGUUUGGUUUAAUGAAGGCAUGGGUUCUUCCUCACGCUGUCACCGAGACACAAAGAGCUCAUUGAGUCUGUCUCGCAAGCGUUCGCUGAGAAAGCUUUGAUCAGAUCUCAAACACUUUACAGGCUCCUAGUGUUACCGC